GCAUUUCACUCUGACUGCACCUCAUAUCUUCAGAAUCUAGAUUAUGGUCCUCAAGGAUUUACAUAAAUGAAUUGUCUGACAUCUACCAAACAUACGCCCAUGAUCUUUCAAUUCCAUGUUACUAAUGCUUAAGUUCUUAUUUAUUAACAUAUGUUAUUUCUCUCAUACAUUUAAAUCGUUUUGCAUCUUUAUUCCAUUGCUAGGAAUAACAUAUUUAUGUGUGGAUCAUGGGCCUACCACCAGCGACAUUGCAAAGGAGGUUGCUGUCCUCAGGGAAGAUAUACAGUUCCUCAGAACAGAGCUCUCUACACAAAUACCAAGCUUUCAGCUGGCUCUCGCAGAUCUACUACAAGAACUGGAUACAGGAGUUGGAACUUCACAUGAAAUUCUCAGCAACUUGGACAAUACUUCUAAGAAGAUUGUGAAAGAUGCAGGUCAAUUUUAUGAUGUCACUAAGACAGGACAAAUUGACUAUGCCAUGGGAAGUUUAGGUGGUUCUAUAGUAUCUACACGCGAUACCAAGAACCAUGUGUCUUCACCAAGUGAAACUGGGAACCGUGCAGCACAGCAAAUCCUUGAGCCUUGUACCAUGCCAGGUGAGUGCUGGGCAUUUGAUGGUUCAGGUGCUGUUGUGAUUCAAUUGAUUGGUAAGGUGAACGUUAAAGCAGUCUCUGUCGAGCAUACUUCACGUUCCCAGUUGCUCCCAGGAUUAAUAAAGAGCGCACCAAAGGAUUUCUCUGUAUGGGGAUUAAAUAGCCUUGAUGACGAAGGACAAUACCUUGGGAGUUUCUCCUAUGAUAUCGAUAGCAGCCCUCUGCAGCACUUUACAAUUCCGGAACCAGCAGCAAUUCCGUUUCGCUUCAUUGAGCUCAAGAUAUACAACAAUCAUGGUAAAGAAAGUUAUACAUGCCUUUAUCGCUUCAGAGUACAUGGAACUCUGGAGCCUCCUGAGCAAGCAUAAACACUGUCCAACUGACGGGGAAUAAUGCUGCCUUAUGCAUAAAAGCUAAAUGUCUAUGGUAAUGACAAGGAAUGUGUACUCCAGGAGUGAAAAAUGUGAUGUCUAUAGUGCAACAGAAUUUUUGGGACACUGAAAUCUCCACAUAAUAUAAUUAUUACAAGGCAGCUGAAAACUGGAAUAGUACAGCCAGAGGAGAUGACCGUUGAUAGGUAAUGGCCGAUAUGCACGAUUCUGUGGCAGUGAAUACAUGAUGCUACCAGAGAAAUGGUGGAAAUGGCAUUUCCUACUUGGUGUGACCUGAGGCUGCAUACCUAGACCACCCAGCCAGUUGCUUCAACCUCAACAUAUUCAAUAACAAUUCUAAUAAUAUCUAUUUACAGAUCUCUUACUGUGAAUCUACUGAAUCUAACACACAGUGUUACAUUAACACUAUAUGUUGGAUUCAGUAUAGUUUCUAGGCCCUUUAAAAAAACGUAUGGCUUAACUAGUAGUGUGUACCAGUGUUUAGACAGAGGCCUUGCAAUGAGCUCAUCACUCACCAAAGGAGUCCUACCAUCUGCAAAAAAUGAUUACAUAACUAAAUAAGAGGCCAGGGCCCCGAAUUAAAAUUAAAAUGAUA